CCUUGGAACUGACCUAUGCGGUGGCUCCGGCCGCGGUUAUCGAGGCGGGCGAUCGCGGAUAACGAGGCCCGAGCCGGCAACGCGGCGCGACGCUGGGGCGUCCACCCGCUAUCCCUCGCCCUCGCCCGUCGCGUCGCAGCCUCAAUCGGCACCAGUGUCGGCUCCGCGUCUGACGUACCCACCUCUUCCGUCCGCUCGCCCGUUCUCCCGCGCUCCGGCCGCUUCGGACCACAGUGCUCCCGUCCGCGGAUCGCCGCUUCCUCAACAGUUUGCAAAGAGUGGUUGAUUCAUGAAGAUGGUGCUCUUGCCUAUAAACUACAGAAAGAAGAAGUGGAACAGCAUUACUCUGGAAACAAACAGCGAAAUGCACAAGUUCGCGAAGAUUUUCCACGAGCAAAAGAUGAGCAGCUUAGGGAGGAAAUCGAAGCCCGCCUCAAAUACCAGCAGCUCAUCUCUCAACAGGAGGAGGAAGAUGCAAGGCUCGCUAAAGUAUUGGCAGAGCGGAUUCGAAAAGAAGAUGAUGAAAGACGUCAACGAUUAGCUUUUCAGGAUGAAGAAUUAGCCAGACAGGUUCAAAAACGAGAAAAACUUAAAGCAAUUGAAAAAGAGCGAUACCCCUUCAGCUAUGGAAGUCUUCAUGGUAGUCCUUCUGUACAUCCUGAUGUCAAUAGUGUUGGUCUCCCGAUUGUUGACAAUCAGUCGAACUCCACAAAUUAUUUGGUGCACACUUUACAGAACUCCAAGACUAAAAAUAAUCAUCGACUUGUUGAAGAAGAAAGCUAUCAAUACCAAGCUGUCAGUAAUGAUUACAGCUCUACUGUAACAGAUUUAGAUGAUUUAGCACAAGAAGAUGUGGAAAAUGUUCUAUCCGAUCGAGAUUUGGAGGAGGAAGCAAUCAGAAGGCUUCAAGAACAAAAAGAUGAAGAGCUUGCCCGAUUACUUCAAGAGCAAGAAGAAGAAGCUAACUCUCCAUCUCUCAUUGAUCGAGACCGACUCCUCGCCAUUGAAGCGCAAGAUAAAGAAUUGGCAAGACUGCUCCAAGAUAGGGAAAGAGCCAAAUUGAAAAGGGCCCGGGAACGUGCGAAACAAAAAGCUCUUUUGAAGAAGCAGCAGCAGGAAAUGGAAAAUGGAGAAAUCAGGGUCUCCGACAGUGCCUCAAACUUAAGUGUUGAGGCUGGUGCAGAAAAAUUAUCAAAGAUGAAGAUAUCCUCAUCACACCCACUUGAAGAGUCUAGUAGAAAUUCAUGUGGAAAGUCACGAUCAUUGCCAAAGAACCAGGUCACAGAUUUAGAUGCAAUUGAAGUCAUGUCUUCGGAGCCUGUCACCAGUUUCCAGCCCAUGCAAAACAUUGCAAUGGCAAUCGACCCCACUUAUUCUCCGCAAAAACCAAAUCAAAAAUCGAAUUUUCAGCAUCCGCCACUGCCAGAAGUCAUAAGCGCAGAUGUUGAAGAAGAAGAUUACGACGAUGAAGCGAAUAUUAGUCAAGCUGGUGCGUACUUGCCCAUUGUUCAAGGACAACGAAGAACCGCCUCUCUCGAAAAGAAAUCAAAGAAAAAUAAGAACAAGGAAGGCUGCACUCAACAGUAAAAUCUUCAAUCUCCGAAGAAUUUUCUUCGGAGCACAGCACUGGAGGGAUUCCAGGUUGACAAAAUCCCAAAAGGUGGUGCUGAAUGAGGCAAAUCAGCCUUCAUAGAACAUUAUAUCUACAGUAUUAAAGGAGGUAUUGAAUGAUGAAGAUGAUUCUGGCAUAGCCACAGAAAUAACUAGAAAUCAAUAAAAAGAGUUAGAAAGAAAGGUUCAAACUUUCUUAGAAAUCAACAAUCUGUUUCUCUUACCAGAAAAAAGGGAAAUGAUAUUUCUCAGUAUUACAGUGAAGAGAUGAUUCUCAAAAUGCAUUUUUAAUUAAUUAUUUUAAGUCUUGCUCAUAUUCAUCUUAGGUGAUGGACGUGAAAUUCACAAAUUGGUAAUCUUAUCAAUAUUGUUCAAUCCUGGUGAUAAUAUUGCUCCCCUCUUUUUUCCCUGUCAAUCCUGUCAAUAAUUGUUUGACAAUAAAUUUUGAAGUUUUAUGUAUAAUUAUAAAUUAUUCACUCUGCCUUGUCACAAACGUCCUCUUAUAAGCUGUGAUUAUAUUAUAAAAAGUUUUUAUACUCAUGCACGAAUUUUAAUUCUUUUAUUAGGAUUUAAGUAGCGGAAAGGAGAUGAAACCAAUCAAAAAAUGAUCGAUUUAUCAAACUUUUAUAAUUUUUGUUUUAAUCUUUGUAAUUGUUUUAUAUUUUUUAUAAUUUUCUGAAUUUUUUGUUGGAUCCUUGUGAUUUUGCCUUUUUUUUUUGGAGCCACUCUGUAAGGCCUUCUUCAAGUGACCUUAUUCUUCAGUUACAUUGUCUUGUAGAACUCUUGUAUUUGCAGAAUUGUAUUUGCAGAAUUAUAUAUGCUAUUUUUUUUUACUUUAUCUUUGCAGUUUACUGCUUUAUUCAGGUUAAGAGUCAUUGUUAAAGAAAUAUGUUAUAAGUAUACUCUAGUGUAUUUUAUGAUUUCUUCAAUUUUCUUAGGUGUUGACAAGCUAGUAUACGUUUUGGAAGUGUCGUAUACAAUGUCUUAUUUGACUUAUUUUUGGAAAAUCAAAUAACUAAAUACACAUGAAGUAAUCACUCAA